UCAUGUGGCUACUCCUCUACCCUCAGGGUUCAAGUGUGUGAAAGGACCAGCGGAGGAAAGUGUUGGUGAAGAGGAGAGGCGCCGUUUUCAUUCCUUGGUGGGCAGCCUCAUACCAUAUGGAUGAAAAGUAGCUUUCCGCCAAUAGCAUCCGCCAAAUUCGCUGCAGCCAGACUUUCGUAGCUCAGCCGCAGCCAUUCUCUCCGCCGUGAUUGCUGCUGAGCCGUCCGAUAUUAUUUACAUGCUAUUGGUUGAGCCUAUAGCUAUUGAUGCAGCAGGGGAAGAAUCCUGCAUCAUUGAAGCCGUCAGAUCUCCCAUCGUUCAGAGAGAAUCUUCCACCGUCUAAGAAGUAUAAAAGCGAGCAAUGAGCCAUUGCAAGGCGUCUGACGAGGGGUCUGCUAGUCGCGCUUCAGAAGCAGCAGAGGGACCAUCCUCACCUUCAGCAGCGGCUCCAGCAGUCAUCGCAGCGCGGCUAGGGCCAGUGACCGCAUCGGCACCAGCGGCAGCUGCAGCGCAACGAGCCCCGCCCGCAGCGCGAACCCGCCAAUCCACCGUGGCUCCCCUCGUGCUGACGUGUCUUACCGCGCUGCUGAUUAUCGCCUUAGCGGUAGCCGGACGGGUGGCGCCUCCGGGAGCUCUCAGCGCGAUAGCUUGGGGGAGGAGCGCGCGAGAGGGGGAGCGGAGGGGGGAGGAAAUGGGGGGGGUGGGGGACAGGAAGGGGGAAGGGGGGGAGACGGGGGAAGGGAAGGGGGAGAGUGAGCCUAUUGAGAGAGAGUGCUCUAUGACAUACAUGUGGCCCAGCUACGUUCAGAUUCCGAUACAGAACCGGAGCCUCGAGCAACAAGGACUAGAUUCGAAUCCACUGUACAGCUUGUUCUUAUACCGAGAGAGCCACUAUAUGGGAGGCGGCAGCAGGAUGGAGGAAGUGAGGAGGGGCCUCUGUGGGAGCGUGCCUGUGCUCUUUAUUCCGGGGAAUGCCGGUUGCUACAAGCAGGUCCGCUCCCUUGCAUCUGUAUCCCACCACAUCUACCUCGCCUCUCACACCCAAGACAAGCCAAGGGAGCGCUCUCCCUGCUUCCUCUGUAGCGAAGAGGGGGGCGCAGCAGAAUCAGCAGAAGGAGCGGCAGCAGCAGCAGCAGCAACAGAAGCACUUGGAGCAAGGGAGGGCAAGCAGGACUCCCAGGGUUAUCCAUCUCCCCUGGCGUGGUUCUCCGUGGACUUGAGGGAGCACCUCUCUGCUCUGGAUGGCUCGCUGUUGAGAAGGCAGGCAGCCUUUGUUGCAGCUGCUGUCACUGAGAUUCGUUCCCUCUACCGUUCGUCCUGUGCUUCCAAUCUCCCCCCCCCCUCCUCUGUGCUGCUUGUGGGGCACUCUAUGGGGGGGAUAGUUGCCCGCCUGGCUGAAAGGAGGCUGAGAGGGGGAGAACAAGCGGAGAGGGGGGAUAAGGUGGAGGAGUGUGCGUGGGAGGGAGCAUCACGGGGAGGAGAAGGAGGAAAGAGAGCAGAAGGAGCAGAAGGAGUAGGGGGAGGAGGAGGAGCAGAAGAGCAAGAAGAGGUGCUACGCAGAAGGCAGUGCAUGGAGUCGAGGCAGCAACAUGCCGUGCAGACCAUUGUUACCAUCGCCACACCUCACAGGCAGCUACAACAUCCCAUAGCAGCAGCAGCAGAAGCAGCAGCAGCACCAGAAGGAGCAGCAGACUCAGCAGCAGCAGCACCAGCAGCAGUAGCAGCAGCAGCAGCAGCAGUAGCUGAAGGAGCAGCAGCAGCAGCAGCAGCAGCAACAGCGGCAGCAGCAGCAGUGGCAGCAGCAGCAGCGUCAGCAGCAGCAGCAGCAACAGCAGCAGCAGCAGCAGCAGAAGGAGCAGCAGCAGCAGCAGCAGCAGCAGCAGCAGCAGAAGGAGCAGCAGCAGCAGCAGCAGCAGCAGCGUAUGAUGACGCCUGGUUCGAGCGCGGCAACACUGGCACACCCCCACGCUGGUCUGCCAUGGAUCCCCGCCCCUCUCUCCAGGAUGUCAAAACUCUUCCGUCUUUUCUCCCCUCUCAUCUUCAGCUCUCCUCCUCCUCCUCCUCCUCUGUCGCUGACCCCAUAACUCCCCAGGAGCUGCAGCACCUUUUCCUUCGCUCCUCUCCCACCCGCUUCUUCAUCCUGGUGUAUGUCGACGACAUGAUCCUGUUCGCCGACGAUGCUGCCGCCAUGCAGCAAGUGAAGGAUGCCCUGCAUGCGCGCCUCAAGUGCAAGGACCUGGGUGAGCUCAAGCACUAUCUGGGCAUGACCAUCACCCGGGACCGCACAUCGCGCACCAUUACCCUCUCUCAGUCCUUCUACAUCGACCAAGUCUUGCAGCGGUUCGACAUGGCGCAGGCGAAGCCGGUUACCACUCCCCUGCAGACCGACCACCAGCUUGCCCCUCCUCCUGCUCCCUCCUCCUCUGACCAUCCUUACGCUGAGCUCGUCGGCUCGCUGAUCCUCCCUCCCCUCCCCCUACAGCCCUCCCUGCUCUCCUUCUACCGCUCCCUCAACCACCAUUCUUCACGCUCUCCCUCCUCCCUGCUGCUCGUCGCCUCUCUUGCUGCUGGCCACUCCGACUGGCAGGUGCGCUCAUGGGCUACAGCAGUUCCCCCGUCCCCAGAUGCAACCUCCCUGCACCUCCCGUUCACCACGUCCCCUCACGUGUGGCUCUCAGCGGGGCACGAACAAGCAGUGUGGUGCAACCAGCCCGUGUCACAGCUCUCCCACGCCCUGCUAUCACUGGUCAACCCACACACAUCACAGCCCUUCUCGUCCCUCAACACCCGCCGAGGAAUCGUCUCCUGCCACCUGUCGUCCGCACCUCUCGUCCUGCGGCCUUUGAGGCAACAGCAGCAGCAGCAGCAGCAGCAGCAGCAGAAGCAGCAGAAGCAAGAGCAGCAAAAUGGUGACAGCUAUAGAGGAGUGCACGAUCAAGCCACAUCAGUGCAGCUGCAUGGGUCCGUCCCAUUUGCUCACAAGUGGGCCUCAGAGGCGCAGAAGUCGUUCUCCCUUCGAGUCGACCUGCCAGUGAACUAAAUCACUAUCACCACAUUCUAGGGGCAGCAGCAGUGGUCUGGUUCUCCUAUCGAAUGUGCUUCCCUGUGAUGGCAUGAGGGUCACCCUCGAUGUAGCAACCAGGCGUGCAAGUGGGGAUGAUGAGAGGCGAGGAGAGGAGAGGCACUUGCAGAGGGACGAUGAGAGGCGAGGAGAGGAGAGGCACUUGCAGAGGGACGAUGAGAGG